AUGUCAUUUGAGCCUUCAUCUACUACUGCUGCAACGUCACCGUGUCAUCUUUAUCAUUCUCCCUUGCUGGUGAACCACUGUGCACCAUCUUGCGCCACACACACGCAGCACACUGGGCACUCAGCUGCUGCCAGGGACUGUCAACUCCUCUGUGUCAACACUCACCUCUCUCACCAGACUGUAAGCUGCACCCUCUAUUUGCCACCUCACUAUGCUCUCGCUGUCACGUGCUAUGCUCACCAUCUCACGUUGGCACAUGGACAUACGACACACUCUCAUGCUCACAUGCUCUGUGCUGCACGUGUGCCGGCUGUGCCAUGCUGCACGUGUGUGGGCUGUGCCAUGCUGCACGUGUGUGGGCUGUGCCAUGCUGCACGUGUGUGGGCUGUGCCAUGCUGCACGUGUGUGGGCUGUGCCAUGCUGCACGUGUGUGGGCUGUGCCAUGCUGCACGUGUGUGGGCUGUGCCAUGCUGCACGUGUGUGGGCUGUGCCAUGCUGCACGUGUGUGGGCUGUGCCAUGCUGCACGUGUGUGGGCUGUGCCAUGCUGCACGUGUGUGGGCUGUGCCAUGCUGCACGUGUGUGGGCUGUGCCAUGCUGCACGUGUGUGGGCUGUGCCAUGCUGCACGUGUGUGGGCUGUGCCAUGCUGCACGUGUGUGGGCUGUGCCAUGCUGCACGUGUGUGGGCUGUGCCAUGCUGCACGUGUGUGGGCUGUGCCAUGCUGCACGUGUGUGGGCUGUGCCAUGCUGCACGUGUGUGGGCUGUGCCAUGCUGCACGUGUGUGGGCUGUGCCAUGCUGCACGUGUGUGGGCUGUGCCAUGCUGCACGUGUGUGGGCUGUGCCAUGCUGCACGUGUGUGGGCUGUGCCAUGCUGCACGUGUGUGGGCUGUGCCAUGCUGCACGUGUGUGGGCUGUGCCAUGCUGCACGUGUGUGGGCUGUGCCAUGCUGCACGUGUGUGGGCUGUGCCAUGCUGCACGUGUGUGGGCUGUGCCAUGCUGCACGUGUGUGGGCUGUGCCAUGCUGCACGUGUGUGGGCUGUGCCAUGCUGCACGUGUGUGGGCUGUGCCAUGCUGCACGUGUGUGGGCUGUGCCAUGCUGCACGUGUGUGGGCUGUGCCAUGCUGCACGUGUGUGGGCUGUGCCAUGCUGCAGCGAGCUGGGCAACAACCUCUUCUCAGGCCGCCUGGAUUCCUUCCUCACCCCUCUUCUUCCCGUCAAGACCCUCAAAGUCCUGUGA